UCCUCUCUGCGCAGACUCACAUAGUGUUGUAUGCAAGAGGGAGGUUUAUGAAUACACACAUGUAUACACAGCUGGUAAACUCACAUAAUAAGUGCAUGAUGCUGAGAACGAAGGAAAGGAUGGAUACGUGAAGAGAAGGAAUCAGUAGCAGACGUCAUAUUGACAACACGAGCAUCACACCCGAGAUUCUCCACACAGAUCAGGAAGUGAUUCUGCCAGCCUGAUACAGAUUAUGUGAGCGUGUUGGUGUGUGUGUGUGUACGUCUGUGUGUGGUUGAAAAGCUACAUAUAUAUAUCCUGUCCAAAAUGAUACCGUCAUCACAGAAACUCCACUAAUCACUUAUGGACUUCAUUCUGAAGCUACACCAUGGGAUCCAGAAUAAAGGAAAAUCCAGAAAGGACGUUUUACUGGUUCUUUCAAGCUUCAUGCCCCAUCGCCAGAGACAAAGAUCCUGGGCUGCUGUUUCAGUUCCCAGAGGACUUCACUGAUGAGGAGUGUUUGCAAACCCUUCCUCGAUUUUGCUUCCCGUAUGACAUAGAGAGGGCGAGGGAUGGAGUAGCUGUGCAGCACUUUACAUUUGCCUUGACUGACCUUGAGGGAUGUCAGAGAUUUGGCUUCUGCAGACUCACCUCCAGCUCCCAGACCUGCCUCUGCAUCCUCAGCUAUCUGCCUUGGUUCGAAGCCUUUUAUAAACUCUUAAAUAACCUGGCAGACUAUGUGACAAAAGGCCAGACGAAUGAGAUGAGAGAGUUACUGGCAGCUCUUUACAAACACCCUGUGCCACUGGCUAACAGCUUAAACUCUCUGCAUCUGAUGCCGUACUUUGUCGCUCCGGAUCCAAAGACUUUACCUUCUGUUCCAGAGAGUAGGAACCUUACAGAGCUAAUCGUGGCCGUAGACGUGGGGAACCUGCUGCAGCUCUACGCUAGCAUGCUUUUUGAGAGACGUAUCCUCAUCUGCUGCAGUAAACUCAGCACGCUGACAGCAUGUAUACAUGCAUGCUGCAGCAUGAUCUUCCCCAUGUAUUGGCAGCACAUCUUCAUCCCAGUCCUACCACCACACCUACUGGACUACUGCUGUGCUCCAAUGCCGUACCUCAUUGGAGUUCAUUACAGCCUGAUAGAGAGAGUGAGAAGUCGUGCUUUGGAGGAUGUGGUCAUUCUGUACGUGGACACAAACACUAUGGAGUCUCCUCAUGAUGACCUGAAGAAGCUCCCAAGUGAUGUGGUGACAUCUCUAAAAGUGAGGUUAAAACGACAGGCUGCUUUUACAGGCUCCGGUGUUGCUAAAGCGUUUCUAAGAUCUCAGGCUCUGCUGUUUGGAGCAUACAAAGAUGCCUUACAGUACCCUAGUGGAGCACCCGUGUCAUUCAGUGAGGAGUUAUUUCUCACACACAAAUCUUCCAGCAUGAGACAAUUCCUUGAGAGCGCCGUUCAUCUGCAGUUUUUCAAACAGUUUAUUGAUGGACGCCUAGAGAUGCUAAACCAAGGAAAGGAACCAGACGACCUGUUCGAGGAGGAAAUACUGCAGUGUGGCAUGUCAUCAGGUGGCUCUAAAUCUUAUCAGCAGUGGAUGGGGAACCUGAAGAAAGGAGGAGGGUCUCUCAUUCUGACAGUCAAGUCCAAGGCUCAGAUGUAUAAAAACGUCACGUAUCACAGCAAGCUGAAGAAUCUUAUUUCAUCAAAGGAGCAGAAACAGACUCUCCAGAGAGGAGGUUCUGUGUGCAGCACACACUCGUACCGAGUCAACAAAUCCGACUGCCUUCAGAACAGAUUACCGAUCACACAGCAUUUUGGAAAGUCCCGACCUCGCAGGCCGACACACAAAGCAGCCGGCCAACAGGAGGAGGAACCACCAAAAGACAACAGUGGCAGUUGGGGAGAGGAGAGCCAUAUAGAGUUAGCUUCUGAUGAUCUCACAGAGGAGGAAGAGUUCUCUGUGAUGGCUGACCUUGAGGAGAUGGACUUGCUAGGGGAGAUCUUCGAGUCGUUAAACACUCAGAGCUCAGCAGAGCCGGGCCUGUUGUACAGCACACGCAGCCUCGACGUUUUCACUUCUGACUGCACUGACUUCAUCAGCAGAAGGAGCUUGGCCACACCCAGUCAGGAGAGCUUGAGUCUUUCCACUGGGAACAAUGGCAGUCUGAUGAGCUGGGAGGAAGGGCAUGAAGAGGGUCUAGAUAUAGAGGAGGUGGAGUCUGAGCUUCCAAGUGAUGUACCAGAGAGGGACAUGAGAGAGGGAGUGAGAGAGGGUCACAUUAUGUUGAGGGAGGAGGAGCCAUCUAUGGAUCUUGGAAGAUUGGUGGAGGAUCUUGUGGACCUAAAGGAAGAACUAGAAGAGGAGCUGAAUGGAGACUGUAAAAAAACUAGCAGUUCAUCCAGUGAAAAUCAACUGGAGCCUAGCAGUUUGUCAGAAGUAGCUCAGGGUGAAACUAGCAGAUCAUCAGGAAAAAAUCAUCAGGAAAAUAGCAGCACACCAGAAGAAAAUCAGGAAAGAACUUGCAGAUCCAAACCUGAUGAUGAUGAUGAUGAUGAGGAGGAGGAAAUCAGUGGAGCUCAUGAGAGGCCAAGAAAAGAAGCAAUAAACAAACAACACUGUGUGGGACACCAAGAUCUAAUUCAUGGGAACAACAAGGCAAAGAGUCCAGAUAGAGACUCAUCCCAGGGAAAGCAGCCAGUGGCUGAGGAACAACUAAAUGCAGAGACUUUAGUUAACGCAGCCGAAAAAGAUGAGCAAGAAGUGUGCAGAGAACAAGCAGCUCCUAAAGUGCUCUCCAAAGUGGCCCUGUUCCAGGUCAAGGCCUACCAGACCAAGAGCUCACCUGAGACUGUGAGAUCAUCUCUAAAGCUCUCUCCAAGAGCUCCUGGAGCAGUUUGGUUGACUGUGAAUACAAAAACAGAUGACUUGACCAUUAAAUCACCAACCGCAUCCAAGUCGUCAGACACAGCUACAGAUGAAGAAGACCUGCCACCACCGAAAGUGUCUGAACUUAAAAAGAGAUUUGAGCAGUGAUUGACUGGAGGGUAAACGUCAUGACCAUGCCGACGCAAGAUACCAGCGAUCAUCACCAUGCAAUAAUCCUGCUGUUAAAAAAUCAGUUUGCAAUACUGAAGCACAUUUAUUUUGUCUGAUUUUAAAACAUUUAAUCCCAAAAUAAAAUUUUUAUUGUCUAAUGAAAUAAACCAAUGAGUGCAAUCA